AUGGCAGGUGCCGGGCGCGCGUAUUGGGGAAUGGUGCUGACCAAGAUCGUUUCCCUUUGCUUCCUGACGUCAGCGGUAGUAAUCUUCUUCAAUGUGCUGACCGGGCGCCACCAGGAGCUUGCGGAUGAGGUGUCCUCCGUGCUCCACCAGUCCUUCACCCGAUCCACCUAUGAGGUCCACGAUCCAAAGGUCCUGGAAGUGCGCCACGAGGAGGUGGCUGGGAUGGAGGUAGUGCUGGUGCGGAGCAAGGAUCCCAGGGGCGUGCUCAUAGUCAUGCACGGCUGCAUGCGGCGGCCGACAGACUGGUGGCACUACGAUCCAGCCUGCGUUACAUGCAUUGGGCUCCCAGAGGAAAUGGCGAUAGCGCGCGCGGCAUUGGCGCGCAGCUUUGACGUGCUGGCACUGACGCCGAAGGAGCAGGCAUACCGGUGCUGGGACACCGAGUGGCCUGACAAAUCCGAAGACGUGCCCAGGGUGGCAGCUGUGUUGGAGGAGCUGGAGGCUCGGGACUAUGGCUACAGGGGGCUGCCCAGAUAUGCGCUGGGGGUGUCCUCUGGGGGAGCCAUGGCUAUGGUGCUCGCGCAGUUCUUCCCCCUGCAGGGGAUCUGCUCGCAGAUCAUGGGGAUCCGGCCGUCGCUGCUGGCGCUGCCAAAGAACAAAACAAUGGCGGGGCGGCCGUGGCGCUACCCGCCAACCUUCUUCCUGUACAUGGCGCGCGACGUGGCCAUGUCCGAGUGGAUCUCCCUCGACGCCGACAAACUCAAGAGCCAGGGGGUGUAUGUGAAGAAGGUGAGCGUGCUGCCGAGGCCGAUAACGCCGACAUAUUUCUCGGAUCGAAUCAGUUCCCUGGACAACGCGACCAGCGCUGCCAUAUACCACGCGCUGCAGGGCGCCCAUAUGCUCGACCUGCAGGACAUGCUCGUGCAGGACCCCAGGCAAGUCAUGCCGAGCGCGCCCAGGUGGCGGCAGGUGCUGCAGGAGAAUGUCCCCGGCCUGCGCGGCGUCAGCCUGGAGUCCGAGACCUCCCCCAUCCACGAGCUGCUGAAUCUGGCGUGGGCAGGCCACGAGAUCGUGUCCGACUACGCGGAUGACAUGUUUGCCUUCUGGGAGCGGCCGGGGCCGGACGAGGCCGAGCUGAUGCCCAUCGGCGGCAUCGGUGCCAGCAGCAAGAUGCGCGGGGGCGGCAGCUGGACCGAGGACAAGGGGCUCACGGGCAGGCGCUUGCAGGGGGACCCACUGAGGCUUCAGGGCCAUCGCGGGUGGAUUGCGCUCGGCAUGAGGAGCGCAUGA